AUGACAAAUGUCAACAAGAUGAUCAUCAAUAUGGCUGUCUUUGGCAGUACUCACAAUGGAAAAAGUUCUGCUGGGAAUAUUCUUUUGGGAAGUACUGACUUCUACAGCAGCUUUGAUCCAUGCUCUGUAACCAAAGACUGUAGCCUGGGCCACAGUUGCUACCUCCACAACUUCAUGCAUCAAGGUGAACAAGAGAUAGCCCUUCAGGUCCAGGUUUUAGACACCCCCACAUAUCCACAUAGCAGGCUGAGCAUGAGACAUGUGAAACAGGAGGUCAAGAAGGCCCUGGCACAUCACUUCAGACAAGAGGGUCUUCAUCUUGCUCUGCUCAUCCAGAGAGCUGAUGUGCCUUCUUGCAGACAGCAAGCAUCUGACCCAGUCCAGUUGCUCCAGGAAGUUCUGGGAGAUGCUUGGAAGAAUUACACUGCUGUUCUUUUCACCCAUGCGGAAAAAAUAGAAGAGGCUGGAUUCAGUGAAGAUGAAUAUUUGCACAAGGCCUCUGAUACACUACUAACUCUGCUAAGUUCUUUUCAGCACAAAUAUAUUUUCCAGUAUGAAAAAGAAAACUCCUUUAAUGAACAAAGAAUUAAAAUCUUAGAAAGAAUCAUGGAAUUUAUAAAAGAAAAUCAUUAUCAAGUUCUCACUCUUACAUAA